AUGAAUUACGGUCAGCAACGACUCGUCAGUGAAAGCUGCAUGGAUUUCUUCUUGAUCGAGAUGGUCGACACGAUUUGCCGAACCGCGACGACGGAAGCCGACACUGACAGUGAUGCUAUUUUCUACAAGCUGGAAACAUUGGGAUAUACCGUAGGACAGCGACUCGUAGAAAGAUUUACAAAAGAUCGGCCUCGGUUUGUAGAUACCCUCGACGUCGUGAAAUUCAUAUGCAAAGAUUUAUGGACCAUUAUGUUCAAGAAACAAAUUGAUAACCUGAAAACCAACCAUCGCGGUGUGUAUGUGCUUCAAGAUAACAAUUUCCGAUGGUUCAUGCGCAUGUCCACCGACAUUGGUGGCGCCGACUCGGCCAAAAAAGCAACACCCUAUAUCUGGUUUCCUUGCGGUGUCAUCCGAGGCGCUUUGGCGAAUCUUGGGGUUCCCAGUGUCGUGGUGGCAGAAACUUCCAAUUUACCUCAGUGUACUUUUCAAAUCACUAUUGCCAAAUAA